AUGAAUACCGGUAUAGCCCGCGUAGCCGAGCAGUUGGCCGACUCCGAACUGUACUACUUGAUUGCCAAGUUCCUCGAGGGCGGCCCAUGCAAGCGUGCAGCUCAAGCAAUUCGUGAGGAAAUCGAUGAGCACAAGUUACUCUCUCAACGCACCGAUUGGAUCGGCAACAAACAUGACAUCACAGUGCAGUACAUGGAGCGGCUCUGUCCGAUCGAGUCGGACUAUCUGCUACGGCUAUGCGAGAAUCUCUGUACCGCGCUCAACACAGCUGUUCCAACAGCGCUCGCGAAGGCUCCGCGAACUCUUCUCGGAACCGGGCGUCACAGCGCGCUCCGUACGAAAGAAAGCGUCGUCUCACGGCGGCCUUUCUUCUCAACAGAACCGUUCAUGGAGCGGCGCGGUCAGAAAAUUCUCAACCCUGCAACCACCCUGUGUCCGUCGAUCGCACUCCUGACCGAGACCCGGAAACUGACGUCGAGCAGGAAUUUGCUCGGCAUCGCGCCCGUCAGCAUGUACAGUUCUUCAUCGUUGUUCCGGAGAAUCGCUGGCCAUCUGUCAGCGGUCUACUGCGUUUUAUACGAUCACACUGGAAAAUUCAUUUUCACGGGAGCCGACGAUGAUCUGGUGAAGAUCUGGAGCGCAAUCGACGGCCGCCUCGUGGCGACCCUCAGAGGUCACGCGUCCGCACUCACAGACCUGACGCUCAGUCCCGAUAACAGCAUGAUCGCGUCCGGAUCCCUCGAUAAAACCAUCCGAGUCUGGUGUUUGAAAACUCUCAGACCGGUUGCCGUUCUCAUCGGACACACGUCGAUGGUCACCUCCCUGAAAUUCUGUCCGUCGGUCCUCUACGAUAGGUCUUUCCUGGCGUCGACGGGCAACGACGGCAGUCUGUGCUUCUGGGAAUACGAUGCCAAGAAGAAGGAGUUCCAGAAAGAACCACGGCGCUUCACCGACCGCGCGAAAGCCGGUGCUCAACUCCUGUGUCAAUCGUUCAGUCCAGGAGGGUCCCUGCUGGCCACAGGAUCCGCGGACCACUUCGUUCGCAUCUAUCAGAUCUUCAAGCCGAGCGGUACUCUCAGCUGUCGACGGGAACCGGAACGUAUCGCGGAGCUGGCCGCGCAUACCGAUCGCGUGGACUCGAUACAGUUCGCCAACAACGAUACGAGACUCAUUUCUGGCUCGCGGGACGGCACCGCGAAUAUCUGGACGUUCAAGGCGAAUCGCUGGACGAACAUCACGCUCAAAAUGACCACCAACCUCGAAGGCACCUCGAGAGACGAUGAGGGCGCUCAUUCAGAACUAGUGAAAAUUAAAAUGAAAGUCAACAUGGUAGCCUGGACCAAAGACGACAGCAAUGUCCUCACAACCGUCAGCGAUCAUUCGGUCAAAAUUUGGAACAGCUGUUCGGGUCAGCUGCUCCGGGUCCUCAAAGGCCACGAAGACGACGUCUAUUCCCUCGAAUGUCAUCCGACUGAUCGGCGAAUCCUCUACACGGGAGGCCAUGACGGCAGAGUGAUCAUCUGGGACAUGACGGCAGGCAAAGCGCUGAAGACGUUCCUCAACUUCUUCGAAGGCCAAGGUUUCGGAGCCAUGUUCGACCUGAAGGUCUCGCCUGACGGAUUGACAUUCUGUGCGACAGACUCACACGGUCAUCUCUCGCUCUACGGCCUGGGCAAUGGUGAAGCGUACGCGAAAGUGCCAGACGAGCAGUUUUUCCACACAGACUACCAACCGCUAAUCCGGGACGCGAACCAAAACGUUCUCGACGAGCAAACGCAGGUCGCUCCGCAUCUGAUGCCGGCGCCCUUCCUCGUCAACAUCGAUCUCAGACCUUAUCCACCGAAUUAUCAGAGGCUCGUUCCAGGCAGAGAGAAUUGCCCGGACGAGUUGUUGAUCCCCGUCGAAGCGAGAGAUCAAAAUCAGGAGCAAGACCCGAACCGACGGCCGAACAUCGACGACAUGAUCCAGAGACUACAGGAUCAACAGGGAAACAACGCGAGAGCCGGCCGGGCUCCUCCGACGCCUUCGAGCAGAGGAGGCAUGCGUCGCGAAGGCGAGGUCGAAGGAGUUCGACAGGGAGGCAAUUGGGGUCAAGCGAACAACGCCAUGAAUGUCCCGAGGAAGAAGAUUGUGGUCCCGCCCCUGAGUGCGCCGGAGAUCGAACGCGAGUUGAAUCGGACCUCCAUCCUCGCUGAUUUCGAGAUGGUAGAUUUCCAUAGGGAAAAGAAACGGGAACAGCUCGAGGCCAGCAGCGCCAAAGCUUACGGUUUGCGGCAGAACAAGGAUAGGAGUUCUCUGACCAACGGUUCUUCGAGAAGUCGUCGCGGGGUCGUCACUCUCAAUGAUCUCCACCGAUCGAGUGGUCGAGCACUCCGGAGCUCGGCCCCGAUCGAAGACAUGGAAAUCGACGACGAUGAGUUCGAUGAGGUCGGCGAGAGCGACUCCGACUACGAGCAAGACUCGCCUGGUCGGGAGCGGACCAGCACCGGCCGCUCCCGCAAUAGGGAUACCGAGAGGAACGGUGCCAGACAGAACGGUCACGCCGCAGCUGCCAGCUCCAGUCGAGGAGGUACGCGCAGUCGCCGCCUCGUGGUCCGCGAAGAGGCUCAUAGCGCGCCAACUUCAACCUCGGGAACCGAGGAGGACGAGGAGGACUCCGAGGGCAGCAGCCAGGACGAUGCCGAGGAGGAUCAGCGUUCGGACUCCGAACAGAAUCAGGACAGCACGGAGGCAGAAGACGACCAGGAGCAGGACGAUGACGAGGAGGAAAUCGAGCAGGCUGGACCUUCGUCUCGGCGGAGACCUCGCGAGCUGCAGGAGAAGUUCCGUCCCCCCGAUUGGCUGACGGACGUUAUGCCUCGGAGAACGCCUUACCUUCCCCAGGUGGGAGACAUUCUCAUGUACUUCCAGCAGGGGCACGAGCUGUACUGUGAAGCGGUUCGCCGUCGGCGUCUGUACAAACUGGGCAAAGAGCAUCAAUUCCAUUGGAACAAGAAGCUCCGAGAGCAGGAGAAGGUUCGGGUGCUCGACGUGAAAUUCGAGCUCCUCCCGCCGAGAUUGUGUUGUGUGAAGGUCGAGUGUACCGAUCCGGGCAGUCCGAACAGCGCGGACGCUUUCUGGAUACGUUAUCACGAUUGUUCGGACGUCAUCGAUUUCCUAGUCCUCCAUCAAAUUUUCCAAACUGCCAGGGAGCGCGACUGGAAACCAGGAGACCGUUUCCGCUCAAUCAUCGAAGAUCAGUGGUGGUUGGGCACCAUCAAAACACACGAACCCAUCCAGCCCGAAUUCCCCGACUCCAUGUUCCAGUGUUUCAUGGUGAAAUGGGACAACGGCGAAGAAGAGCGGAUGAGUCCUUGGGACUUCGAGCCCGUGGAUCACACUCGACUGCCCGUGACCCAGGGCAGCGGGGUCGACAUCACUCCGGGAGAACGAGAGGCUCUGCAGUACGUUCCGUCUCAAGAGGACUUCGACACCGAGUCCCGAGACGCGUUCCGGACUCGCAUGAUGAAGGGUCUCGACGUAAUCAUGACCUUGUCCAUAGCGGAACCGUUUUUGGUGCCUGUUGAUCUCAAUAGCUAUCCUGCAUACGCGACGGUGGUGGCUUAUCCGAUGGAUUUGACGACGAUCAGGUCGCGUUUAGAUAACAAUUUCUACCGACGCAAGGAGGGAAUCAAGUUCGAUGUAUCCUACAUUGGAUACAACGCGGAGAAGUUCAACGAAUCCUCGUCUGCGAUAGUGAAGCAAGCGAGGCUGUUGACAAGAGUGUUGCUGCAGUUCAUUAACGAUGUGAAUUCCGAAGACCCGCUGUCUAUUUAUCAGAGGCUCUCGAGUGGAGACCAGACCACCCGAGGCGAUCUGAGCUCCGACGACUCCGGGGGACCAGGCCCGAGCAGGAAAUUAUAUUUGAAUGGUUACAACGAUUCGAAAAGUCCAGGGAAGAAAAGCAGAGAAGAAAUUCGACGGCCGACCACACGCACGACUUCGAACUGGAGAGAACAGUGCGCUACACUCGUGGCGCUGCUCAUCCAGCAGGAAGAUUCCGAGCCGUUCAGAGCGCCCCCUGAUCUCGAAGAGUUCCCUGAUUACGCUGAACUCAUCAAAACCCCCAUGGAUCUCAGUACUGUGAGCGACAAAUUGACGAAUGGAAUUUACGGAACGCCUGAGGACUUCGCGAAAGACAUGCAGAUAAUUUUUGCUAACUCGCGAACCUAUAACACGGAUAAACGCUCUCGGAUCUACACGAUGACGCUUAGAUUAUCCGCUAUGUUCGAGACCCACAUGCACGGCAUUAUCCUCGAUCACAAGGCUGCUAUGAAACGCUCUAAAACUAGGAAAACUUAUGAAGAGGAGGAGGACAGCGACGAAGAGAAGUAUUCCAAAAGAAGCCAUACUAGACUUCAGAGAUCCAAUCCGAGGCGGAGUAAGCCGUCACCUGCGGAGACGAACGGCCAUAGCAGCGGCAGCAGUCAGACACACAGCAGUGGUAGCAGCAGUUCCUUCACGAAGCGCCGGCGCCCUGUCGAGACCGAAGAAGAUGAGGAGGUCGUCACAAAAACCACCAGUACAAGAUCUGGGCGAGUUGUGCGACCCACUCGUUUCAACGAUAUGGUGUCGAUGAGUGACGAAGAACACGAAGACCGCCAAAGAUCAACGAGGACCGACACCCGAUCCAUGGCAUCCCGGAAACGGAAAAUUACCACGGAGACGGAAGACGAAAAAGAAGAUUUGAGUUCUGAGGAGGUCAGGCCCAGGGUUCUCACCACCCGUAGUGGACGGACAGUCAAACGCAACCGUUCUUCGACAAGUGCCUCAACGUCUUCGUCGGCCGCGUCCAAUACUUCGGGUAAUAGUCCCACGACGAGUACCUCGGAUGAUUCCAGCCUUAGUCCGCGGAAGAGGUCGGCAGCGACCCCGGCUGCGUCAGCAUCCUCGAACAAUCGUAGAACGUCCAACAACGAAAGAUCUCGCGUUCAACCACGGAGGAUCAAAGUAUCAACAGAAGAAGACGAAGACGACGACGAAGAGGAUGAUGACGAUGAUGAUGAGGAAGAAGAAGAGGAAGCGGGUGCUGACGAGGAGGAGGAGGACGACGCAGCGUCAUCCGAAGAAAUCACCACCGAGGAGUCUCCGGGGGCUCACGAUCGACGCUCGACUCGAGCUCGGAGAUCUCAAACCGCUAGUCGUACGACAACGCGGGAGACGAGCGACGACUCGACGCCCCCGAGACGGUCGUCCCGACAGAAGAAACCCGUUCCGUCAAAACGCAAUGUCAAUAAUAACGUCGGUAGCGGAGCUCUGAGCGAAAGACCUGUAAGAGCAGCUCGAUCGAAACGCCUUCUGACGUUGGACGAGGACAGCGAAGACUAUGACAAGGACUACGAAGAGAUCGCGUCGUCGAGGCCAAAGCGGAGUCGGACGCGAAUGUCGAACGGAAGCAAUUCGAACCAUUUCUUUGAUUGA